GCAGCAGGAGGAGGAGGAGGUGGUGGUGGUGAAGGAGGUGGAGGAGGUGGUGGUAGGAGACGGAGCGCCGUUGUCACCCGCGGAGUCAACACGCGCUGGGAGGAGGAGGGGGACGGGGCGACAUACUGAGGCCGGGAGAUCCCCGCAUCGAAACGCAAGGCGAAUUAAAGGGGGGCACGGAAGCGGAGGGAGGAGAGAGACGCAGCAGCAGCAGCAACGUGGUGGUGGUGGUGGGUGGUGGUGGGGGAGUGUUUGACAGCUCAAGAUACCCAAGUCCGCACGGUCGUUAUCGUCGACAGAAAGCCCCACUGUGGGGACCCCCCCACCUCACCUCACCCACUCACCCGCCCCGGGACCCCUUCGGGAAUCUUUCAGGGAUCACCCGGCGACCAUAUCGAGGGUUGCCCCCAGCAGUCACCCCGGGGAGAGGUCGGCGGCGGCGGCGUCGGCGGCGGCGGCGUCGUCUCUACCCGGGGCCAUGCGGCCCUCGCUCAGGGCACGAGGAGGACCCUGAGCGCGAGUGAGACCCCCACUGCCGUGGGGGGCGAGGGGCCCCGCGUCCAGAGGGAGAUGACCGUGGGGGCGGUGCCCUGAGCAAGGGAACGGUGGUGCCCCGGUUGACGCCGAUGGGAGCACCACCAGGGCUGCCCGGAUCGCGUGACUCCGCUCUCAGCGCCGGCCCUGUGCAGGAAUGGAUUCGACCAUCACACUGUGGCAGUUCCUGCUGCAGCUGCUGCUGGACGUGCGGAACCAGAACCUCAUCGCGUGGACCUCGUCAGACGGGGAGUUUAAGCUGCUGCAGGCCGAGGAGGUGGCACGCCUGUGGGGGCUGCGCAAGAACAAGACCAACAUGAACUACGACAAGCUCAGCAGGGCGCUGAGAUACUACUACGAGAAGAACAUCAUCAAGAAGGUGAACGGUCAGAAGUUUGUCUACAAGUUCGUCUCGUUCCCCGAAUCGGUGAACCUGGAUACAGCGUCGCUCACGUCUGCCGACGCCGAGCGUGUCACGACCCUCCUACUGGAGGGCGCCAGCAAGACAGGGCCUUCGGGGCCCUCCACCAUCUCCUCCAGCGUCGCCGCCACAGCAGCUGGGCCCACUCAGCCGCCCACCGUCGUCAUGGGCAACGGCGCGGUGACGAUGGCCGGGGUGGCGGCGUCCGCCGGCGUCACCGACUGGGGGGGCGUGGUGGACGGAGGGGCACGGAGAUCCGGCGGGAAGGUGGGUGGGGGCGCCGUCGCGUCCGCCGGCGGCGGUGGUGGCGGUGGCACCUCCGGCUCGGACUACAAGACGUCGGGGCUGUACUCCACGUUCACCAUCUACUCGCUGCAGGCGGCGCCCAGCGCCGUGCAAACCAGUGCCGCCCAGCAGCCCGCCGCGCCGACGCCAAUGUCGCUCCCGGUGCAGCAACCGGCCAAGACGGUGCCGCACGGGGUAGCGCAGUCCUUGGUGGUGCAGGAAGGCACCGAGCGGACUGAAGGGGAAGCGCCCCUGCCGCACGGAGCCUCCGUGCCAGCUACGGUGCACUUGGGGGCUCACGAGGUGCAAGGCGAAAAGAGGAACCCCAAGGAGGAGGAGGGGUGCAUUGCCGUGGAUGCGGUUGACGUGGAGAUUGUGGUGAUGCGGCCUGAGUCGUCACCGGGUACCCCCGAAGAUGAGGUGGGGCCGUCGCUGCCCAUGGUGGUCGUGAAGGAGGCACCCUCCCAAUUCUCAACGGGCGCCCAGCUGACCCUGGUGUCCGCGGCGAGCACGCCCAUCACUACGGCGACACUGCAGUCAUCCGGCAUCUCCCAGAUGGCGAUGAGCCCAUCGUCCCCAGAGGGGGGCGAGGCCCCCCGCGUGAAGAGACCCAAACCCCCCCAGCCCCCCCUGCUCAUCAUCUCCGAGUCGGAUUCGUUGAGCACUGUGGGGGGGCUCUCCAGCGCGGGGUGCCGCACCCUCGACAUGAUCCCUAGCCCCCUGAUGCCGUUCACUACCGGAGCAUCGCUGCUGGGGCAGCCUCUGUAUCUGACGCCGUCGCCGCUGAUCCCGUCGGGCAGCAUCCACUUCUGGAGCACGCUGAGCCCCCUGGCCCUGCAGAGCCCCGCUCGCACGCAGGCUGGCAACUCCUCCUUCCAGUUCCCGUCUGCAGGAUCCAUGGCGACUAUCCCCCUGGCGACGCUGGAUGGCCUCUCUACCCCCGUGGUGCUCUCUCCUGGGCCGCAGAAAAACUAACUUCGUCACACCUCACCAUCAUCACCACCACUACCACCACAUCAUCAUCUUCACCAUAAUCACCGUACUCACUUAUCUUCACCUUCACCUCUUCACCGCUACGUGCUCGGCCAACUUUUUGGAGAUGUGGAAAUGAGGUUUGGCGAUAUCAUAAACCCUCAUCAUUGUUCUCACCGACAUCAUCGUCUUCAUCAUCGUCAGUGUCUUGUGCCACCGACUCCCCCUCCUCCUCACGGCUCUGUCUGUCGUCCAUAGAGGACUGACGUCAGUCAUGGACUUGCCGCUGACAAUCCAGUUCUGGGUUUGAGCCGGAACCCAGCCUCUUCUGAGAAUCUGGUUAUGGGUUUGAGCUGGAAUCCAGGCUCCUCAGAGAAUCUGGUUCUGGCUUUGAGCCGGAAACCCAGGCUCCUCUGAGAAUCUAGUUCUGGGUUUGAGCUGGAAUCCAGGCUUCUCUGAGAAUCUAGUUCUGGGUUUGAGCUGGAACCCAUACAUCUUUUCCACUGCGCCACCGAGCCAUGCCAGGACAGCCCGGCGUGGCUCAGAAGGCGCUGGGUUGUUUUUCCACUGCGGGAGCCGAGCCGCUGACGUCUUGUGGCUGCGCACGCUUCACGAUCCCAGGCAUUGGCCCUGCUUGGCUCAGAGCCAGACGUCCUCUUGUGAGGCCUGCGCAGUACAAGGUGCCCCGUGCUAGCUCGGAUGUGUCGGUGGAAAAGGGGUAACAGGUUCCUCUUGACAAUUCAGUUCUAGGCUUCAUCUGGAACCCUGGCUUCCUUUGACUGUGAUCGCACCUCUCCUGCCAACUCAAGGAAGCUUCGUUUUGAGAAGAUGUGGAGACGAAAAGAAGGAAGCCGCUUUGUGACUCUACUGUGGACAGCAAGCGGAUUUUUUGAAGGAGGAGUUAAACAAAUCCAUGUGCCAACGACAACGUAUGUGCCGCCUCAGACAUUGAGACCCAGUCCAGAAGAACGGGGGACGUCUGGUGCGGAGAUGGAGUAACAUUUUUGGGCCCACUGUAUAGAGUGACACUGCUGUGGUGUGUGUCUGCAGUGCCACUGCGGUGGUGUGUGUGUGUCUGCAGUGCUACUGCGGUGGUGGGUGUGUCUGAAGUGCCACUGCGGUGGUGUGUGUAUGUGUCUGGAGUGACGCUGGUGUGAGUCUCCAGUUAGACUGGGACUCUGCGAGGAGUGACACUGGUGUCGUAGUAUUCAGGGUCGUUGGGCCCAAUGUGUGAAGUGUCACUGGGGACCCAUUGUAAAGCGACGGGAGUCACCGAACUACAGAGGUAACCCUUGGAAGAGAGGGCCAUCAGGUUAGAGGGCAAGGGAGGUGAUGGUGAGGGGGAGGUGGGUGACCACCUUUGGUUUGAUUUGGAACCGGGGGCUGUGGUGGGAAUCCGUGUAAAAGGGUAGAGAGGCACAGGCCGCCCGUUUCCCUCCGCUGGUAAGAAGUGCUGCCCCCCCCCGCCCCAGGCCUGGAGUCGUCUUCGUGUGCUGGGAGGCGGGGUUAGGGGCGGUCACGGCUUUGGUUUCAGAAUCUACGGGCAUGACUCUGUGUGCCUCAAAUUUCCACCACCACCGCCUCCACCACCGCCUUCACUGUGAGGGAGAUUGUCAGGGGCAGGGCAUUGAGCAUGUGCCUCAUUCCAGCGUGCUUGGUGUUCGAGCAGUUGUGUGUGUAUGUGCGUGCCGGUUCCAGAACGUGUGUGGUUCCAGAGUGUAUGUUCCAGUUCCAGAGUGUGUGUUGUUCCAGAGUGUGUGUUCCAGUUCCAGAGAGUGUGUGUUUCAGUUUCAGAAUGUAUGUUCCAGGGAAUGUGUGUUGUUUCAGUUCCAGAGUGUGUGUGUUCCAGUUCCAGAGUGUUGUGUGUUCCAGUUCCAGAGUGUUGUGUGUGCCGAUUCCAGAGAGUGUCUGUUCCAGCUCCGGAGAGUGCGCGUUGCGCGAGAUGCUCCAGUGUGCGUCUUGUUAUGGAACAUGUACAUUAUUCUCUUAAAGCGUGUGUUGUUCCAGAGUAUGCGUUCCCCUUUGCGGUCAGAUAGAAUGCCCGUACGCAUUGUGAGCAUUUUUUAAGUGCGCACGCAGCGUUGUGUCCGUGCUGUUGGGAGCGCGCGUGUCCACUCGACGCGUGCGUUUCUGUUCCAGUGCCCGUGUCCCGGUGUGUGUUGCGUGUGUAAUGCGCGCGUGUUGUCCCCCAGUGCCUGUGUGUUGCAGAGUGUGUGCGCGCGUGCGUAGUCACAGCGUGCCACACGCGCGCCGUGCAUCCGAAGUCGAUACGGCCCCGGCGUCACUGCUGUUUGUGCCGGCCGCUGUGGCCCCUGAGUUCUCUGCCGCCCUUCAGUUGGUGCUGUGAUCUUGACCCUUGACUUCUGCCUUAUAACUCUGACCCCCCCCCCCCCCCCCCCCCCCACGUGCCCUGAACCCGCCCCUGUCGGAUCGCACUGACCUGUGACCCUUGCACCACAACCCCAAUCGUCUGCUCUUCUGCCAUAUGACCCUGUUGGGGGGUGGAGCGGUGGCGCAGCGGGUUAGCGCACUGCACUCUGAACCCGGCGACCCGAGUUCGAAUUCCUGGCCACGGCCGAUGCCGGCGGCGAACACCUGAACGGGGCCUGGGAGGGCGAUUAUCUGAACUUGUGUCCUCCCCCCCCCCCCCUUUUCAAAAAUCCGCACUGACCAGAUUGGUGAAGUACGGUCAAACAACACUCACGACCCGCACAGCAUGGGCAGUGGCCUGUAGCGUAGACGUGAACGCUCCCCUCCCAACUCUACAACCAUACCAACUCCGGCAGCAUUAACCCUCCGACCCCCUGCACUGUCACAGUUGACCCUCGGCCUCUGACACCCACAAACCCCUUCCUCCACACUCCUACUGUUUAGCCCCCCCCCUUCACCCCAGUUGUGACGCUAAUUUAAAGAGGUAAUGCGUAACUUCAGAAGUUUCCUACGAUGAUUGUGAGGAAUGAGUCUGUGAGUGGGUCGUUAGAGUGACCCCCACCUCUGAGGGUGGGGAGGGAGUGACCAGGUGACCCCUGACUUAACCCCCCCCCCAUUCCUGUUGAACCCUGAACUCACCCAAAGUCCAGGUCAUUGGGUCACGUGUGUUUUUGUCUAGAACUGGGAGACGUGUGUGGGGUGGUUACCUGGGUGGGUUCCGUGAGUGACAUACUGACGGUCCGUGCUUGCUUUACUGCACUUAGCAAAAUAUUUUUAUACACAAUUUGCAUAUAUACAAAUACACGGUAUAUAUAUACAGUAUAUAUAUUUUACACAACUACGAUCAGUGAUAACGAUGUUUUUAUUGCUCUUUCGCUUCCUUAAGCGGGUCGGCGGCGUUGCGUCUCGCAGAGCUGCGCCCACACUCGGGACGCACACGGAGCCCUCCCCCCCCUCCCCGAGCCCCCACCGAGAGGGUAUUUGGUCUACUCUUCCACGCUAACCAUACGUCUUGGUAGUGGCGGGCGUACCCACACUUUACCCCACCACACACGACCUGCCGAUCGACAGAGAACCUAUGUCCACUGCUGGGUGGACAAAGGUGGUGGCGGCUGUGGGGGAUGUAUAAGAAAUGUGCCCAAUAUUUUCAAUUUCUCCGCCGGGCGAUGGAAUCAAACCGGUGCCCUCUGGAUUGCAAGGCCUGCUGCUGCUGCUGCUGAGCGUCACUAAAGUGUUGUCAUUAUAAUUGUAGCUCGUGCAUCACCGAUGUGGUGAUGAAGUGGUAAGUGCACUGGGCUCUGAAUCCGGCCGCUUGAUUUCGAUUCCCGGCCACGGUUAUGACGGUGGCGAUUGGUGCUAUCAACUGGUCCUGCGUGGUGGAGUUUGGUCAAACAAGCACGCACCUAUGACCAGUGAC